CUCUCUCUCUCACUUCACUUCACUAUCAUUUUGGACCGACGCCGGCGCCGAUGGCCGACCCGCCGGGACUGACCCGCUCCGAGGCGCUCCGGUUCGCGGCCCACGUGCUCCGCGGGCGGUGGUUCACGGUGUUCGCCACCUUCCUCGUCAUGUUCGGCGCCGGCGCCACCUACCUUUUCGGCAUCUACUCCAAGCAGAUCAAGUCCACCCUCGGCUACGACCAGACCACCCUCAACCUCCUCGGCUUCUUCAAGGACCUGGGCGCCAACGUCGGCGUCCUCUCCGGCCUCAUCGCCGAGGUCACCCCGACGUGGUUCGUCCUCCUCGUCGGCUCCGCCAUGAACUUCGCCGGCUACUUCCUCAUCUGGCUCGCCGUCACCGGCCGGAUCCCCCGCCCCCGCGUCUGGCAGAUGUGCCUCUACAUCUGCGUCGGCGCCAACUCCCAGAACUUCGCCAACACCGGUGCCCUCGUCACCUGCGUCAAGAACUUCCCCGAGGGGCGGGGCGUGAUGCUGGGCCUCCUGAAAGGGUUCGUGGGUCUGAGCGGGGCGGUCAUGACCCAGAUGUACCUGGCCAUCUACGGCAACGAUUCCAAGUCCCUCAUCCUGCUGAUCGCUUGGCUUCCUGCCGCGAUCUCGGUCUUGUUCGUGUACACGAUCCGGACGAUGGAGGGUGUUCCGAGGCAGAGGGACGAGCAGAGGGUGUUCUAUAAAUUCUUGUACCUGUCGAUCGUUCUUGCUCUGUUCGUCAUGGUCAUGACGAUUCUGCAGAAGCAGUUCGUCUUUCCUCGAGCGGCUUAUGCAGCGAGUGCCACUGUGGUGUGCGCCCUCCUGUUUGUUCCUCUGCUCAUUAUCAUCGGCGAGGAAUUAGCCCUCUGGAAGAAGCAGAAUCUCAAGAAUCACGGCCUUCCGAAUCCUGCUUUGAGAGUGAAAAUCGAGCGUUCGGAGCCGCCGUUGUCGAAAUUGGUUGAGCCGGCGGCGGCCCAUGUGCCGUGGUAUUCCGACAUCUUCAAGCCGCCGCCCCGAGGGGAGGACUACACGAUCUUGCAGGCGCUCCUCAGCAUCGACAUGCUGAUCCUGUUCCUGGCCACGCUCUGCGGGCUCGGGUCGAGCCUGACGGCGGUGGACAACCUGGGCCAGAUCGGGGAGUCGCUCGGGUACCAGGCCCGGAUCACGAGCUCCUUCGUCUCGCUCGUGAGCAUAUGGAACUACUUCGGGCGGGUCUUCUCGGGGUUCAUCUCCGAGAGCCUCCUCGUCCGGUACAAGGUCCCGCGGCCCCUGAUGAUGACCUUCGUCCUCCUGUUGUCCUGCGUUGGCCACCUCCUCAUAGCCUUCCCCUCCCCCGGGUCGCUCUACAUCGCGUCCAUCAUCAUCGGGUUCUCGUUCGGGGCGCAGCUGCCAUUGCUCUUCGCCAUCAUCUCGGAGCUGUUCGGGCUCAAGUACUACUCCACAUUGUUCAAUUGCGGGCAAUUGGCCAGCCCCCUCGGGUCGUACAUCCUGAAUGUGAAGGUGACUGGGAUGCUCUACGACCGGGAGGCGCUGAAGGAGCUCUCCAGGAAGGGGAUGAGCCGGGACUCGGUGAAGGAGCUCACCUGCAUGGGGAGGCACUGUUACAGGCUGUCCUUCAUAAUCCUGACGUUGGUGACUCUGUUUGGCGCUCUGGUCUCGCUGAUACUGGUGGCGAGGACCAGGGAGUUUUACAGGGGCGACAUAUACGAGAAGUUCAGAGAUACGGUCGAGGAUUCUUCGGAGAGAGAAUUGGAUGCGUCGCCGGUGAAGAAGGACGUGGACAUGGCCGGUGAGAAGUCAAGCUCCGAAAGAACAAAUGCAACUGCUGCUUAAUUGGGAUUUAUCUGGGAAAUUAAGGGACUUGUAGAUUGUAAAACUUUGGAAGAAGGCUAUCCAAUUUAAACCAUCGAAAAUCAAGGUUUCAAUUCAA